AAAAAAAAAAAAAAAAAAACUUGCAGUUUCAUAGCGGCCAUAAAAAUCAGAAACUUUCCAAAUUCCAUCUUCCAAGUUAGCAAAUCUUCUCGGCAUAGUUGUUUUCUUCUUAGCCGUUACGAAGAAUAUCUCGACACAUCUGGGGCCAUUGUGAGCGACAGUCCUCAAAGAAGGACGAUCUUCUCUCUCGAAAGGAUAUUAUACCUCGAGACACAUGUAGCAACACGUGUAGCAGACUAUAGCCAUUUGGGAUGCCAGGAUGCCGACGAAGACUGUCUAUCUUCUCGUCCUCGUCGUCCACGUAAUAGUCGGAGCCGGAUGCCACCCCAGACCAUUUAUCCUUGCCCUUGGUUGGUGCAC